AUGGAUGAUUUAAACCUGGUUAAGGGACAAAUCGUGAUACUCGAUCUCGAAGACGAGUGUGUGAUCGGAGAGAUAGUUCACAUUGGAUCGAAACGAUCAUUUGUGCGUCUUAGAAAUGUGAAAGAUUUUCAAACCAACCUACCAAUUGUCGGUACUCAGGAUUAUUACUACUCAGAAAUCAAGCACGUCAAGAUCGUUGAGAGUGAAUCGGUUGAUGGCGCGGACAAUGAACUCGGGGCUGGAACAUCAGCGCCGCGGGUUGUCGUUGCCACUGCCAUAGCCCGUAUUAAUCUAGAGGAAGUGGAGGAAAUUUUUAACCGAGUCGAUUCUCAUAUCUUCAUUCAUCAAACCGAUGCGAAAUAUUACGAUGCCAUUAAAUAUUUGAAAACGCAAAAACUUAUCGCCCUGGGUAUGGAAGGAAUCGAACUGGGGCGACACUCGGGAACCCCUUCGCUGCUGUCGAUGGCCUCCAAUGAAAGGAUUUACGUUUUCGACAUAAAGUGGAUGAACGUUACGAGCGAGAUGAAGACGAUACUGGCCAGUCCGAAGGUGCGUCGGGUGAUCCACGAUGGUCGACGGUUGGAGGAUGCACUGAAGCAUCAGUGUGGGGCAACACUUGGGAGGUAUUUCGAUACGCUGGUCGCGCACAUCUCCACUACAGAAGAGUACGACGAACAGUACAAUGAGUUAACUAUUCAGGAAUGUCUGGUGAAGUACUUGAAUCUACCGAAAAAUUCCUUCGAUCCAAAUAUCUCUUUCGAGAAUCGUCCCCUGAACGAAUUGCAGCGUAGAGCAGCCGCCAAAAAUGUUGCCUUCCUGCUGACGCUGCAGGAUUACUUCGUCCACGAUGUGAUGCUGGACUCUUUCUAUCAGACCUGCUCCCGAUAUGGGGCAAGUCUAGCCGUUCACACGAAUCCCCUCGUUGGCAUUAUGGAACUAUCGAAGGGACGGAACGACGAUUUGCACGACAUAGAGAGGUUCAAGUUAGACAUUAAAGAGAGCGAUGGCGCUGCGGAAAACAAUAUUGAUGCUGGUGGCAACAGCGAGGAUCAGAGUUGAGUGUGAGGAAUUAUGGUUUUAGUUUAGCAGGUGUAAAUUGGAAUGGAAAACGAGUUUAUCAGAAGAAACAAAAUCCAAAAAGUGAAAA